AUGCCGCUUCGAGACACUGAUCACCUUUUUGGCUGUGGUCACCAUGUGACUGCAGUGUCCGACCGGAACUGUGAUUCCUCUAGAAGCACUAAACCCUCCGAAUCUUCACGUCAUUCAUCUACACAUGCUUCUCAAGCCUGCGACAUCUGGAAAAAGAUUCAGAGUAUCAAGGACUGCGGCUUUAUUCUUCUAGAUGGAUCCGACCUUGAUGUCGCUUCGGUCAUUGCGGUUGCCAAGUACAACUGCAAUGCUUAUGUCGCGAAGAGAGACGAUAUUGCAGACGCUAUGAAUAAAAGUGUCGUAUUGCUCGAAGAGUAUCUCGCCAAGGGCUACUUUGUAUACGGUGUCAAUACUGGCUUCGGCGGAAGCGCUGAUACUCGUACAAAAGACCUCCCAGCUCUGCAAUCGGCACUGCUGCAACUCACCCAGGCGGGGAUCUUGACUGAUGAAGACAAUGGGCUCAACAGUAUGCCUGUCACCUGGGUUCGAGCCGCCAUGUUGAUUCGCUGCAACACAUUGCUUCGAGGCCAUUCAGGCGUGCGUCUGGAGCUUGUCCAAGCCCUCCUGCUCCUCCUUCGUAAGGCCAUGACACCUAUUGUUCCCUUACGAGGAUCUAUCUCCGCAUCUGGCGACUUGAUCCCCCUAUCAUAUAUCGCCGGUAUGCUUGAGGGCAACCCUGACAUUCGCGUCCGCACAUCGACUUCCUUCGUUCUCUCUGCUGACAAGGCCCUUGAGCUCGCUGGACUCGAACCAAUUACUCUUGGACCCAAGGAGGGUCUCGGACUGGUCAAUGGGACGGCUCCAUCAGCUGCUUUGGGAUGCCUGGCAGUACACGAGGCAAACAAGAUCUUGUUACUAGCUCAAGGCCUUGUAGCCAUGUCAUGCGAGGCGUUACUUGGCAAGGCUGAGAACUAUCAUCCCUUCAUUUCUUCUGUUUGCCCUCACCCUGGGCAAGUCGAAUGUUCUGAGACCAUCUUGCAGUUCCUCGGUGGCUCUUCACUCGUUCAAAGUCUCAAAGGGGACGACAAGUUCAAGCCCGGUCUUGCGCAGGAUAGAUAUGCCUUACGAGGCGCUUCACAGUGGCUCGGCCCUCAAGUUGAGGAUGUCCGCUCCGUACUAUCUCAGAUUACAGUGGAACUGAACUCAACUUCCGAUAACCCCAUCAUCGAUAUUAAAUCCGGCGAGGUCUACUCGGGCGCCAACUUCAUCUCCAGCUCCGUUGCCAAUGGAAUGGAAAAGAGUCGCCUAGCUCUUCAGAUGGUCGGCAAACUUCUCUUCAGCCUCUCCUCCGAAUUGAUCAACCCUACAAUGAACAGAGGCCUUCCUCCAAAUCUCGUCGCCGACGACCCCAGUUUGUCUUUUACCAUGAAGGGUAUUGAUAUCAGCAUGGCUGCUUACCUGUCAGAGCUUGGAUAUCUUGCGAACCCUGUUACGCCCCAUGUCCAGUCCGCAGAGAUGCACAACCAGUCCAUCAACUCUCUAGCGCUGAUCUCGGGAAGGUAUACUCUUCAAGCUGCUGGUGUUGUCACGCAAAUGUGCGCUGCGCAUCUUUUCGCUGUUUGUCAGGCCUUGGACUUGCGGGUCCUACAUAUGACGUAUCUUCAAGCGCUCAGAAGCAAAUUGUCCUCUGUAGUACAGCCGUUCCUCGGUGGAGUUGACGACCAGGUAGCUGAAGGAAUCUAUGAGAGCCUUCACGAGACUAUUGUCAAAUCGUGGAAUGCUUCGGCUUGCAUCGAUCUUGAAGAUCGAUGCAAGAUCCUGUCCCGGGAAACGGUACCGGUCCUUUGUGAGCAUCUUGAGGAGCACGAGAUGCAUCUUGUAUCAACACGGUCACUCCAGAGAGACCUGGAGAAUUUGGCUUAUUCAACCUUUACCCAGACACGGAGUGAGUUCUUCAUCAAGCCUCCUACCAAGCAAUUCCUGGGCCGCGCUUCUCUGAGAUUAUACUCUUUUGUAAGAGAAGAGCUGGGAGUGCCCUUCCAUCACGGCCUGGUUGAGCAUCCCGGUAGAAGCGUCAGGGGCAAGAUCAAUAGGCAAGAGAAGAGAACUAUUGGGUCCUGGGUUUCGAUCAUCUAUACCGCCCUGACUAACGAUCAUGUUUGGGGUCCUUUGGUUGAGGCUCUAGGGAGCAAGACUUGCUCAAUGCGACUGGUCUAAGGGCCCAUCAUGUUAUCCAGUGUUCCUGCCGCUCAGAGCCGAGGUCCUAACUUGUCUUUCCUCCCC